AUGGCUAUGCGCAAAGUGGAUGGCAUCAUGAAUACAGAGCUUGUCAACAAGGUGACCAAAGAGGCUGCUGUCAACGCCACUGCCAACCAUCCUGGCUCAGGAAAGGGCCUGGCGAUAUCUCCAGACAACAAUACCCACUAUAAGAUGCCCCAGCCUUCUCAGCCUGCUGUUCAGGAGCAGCCUCAGCUUAUCUCGUUGGUCGACACCAGCACAGACAACUCUUCCUCGCCGAAUGGCUUCCUGUACAGCAACGUCACGUCCUCUGCUUCUAUGCAGGAUCUUAGCAUUUUGGACCCCGAGACCUUUGCACUGUCUCCUGACAAAAUGGAAAACAGCACGGAGCCACAGCAACAGCACUCGACUAUGAAGCAGAUGCUCCCCUCCUCAGACACGCACCAGAACACAGCCCCUCUGCCUAAGGCCACGCUUGCUGGAGAAGCUGGUCUGAACAAAAUCCUCCUUGAGAACUCCCCUCAGGAGCAGGCCUCCCAAAAGCAGGCCUCAGAGCCUGUGCCCGCCAACACUGCUGCUGGCUCGCAACAGGCUACCAGUGGCCUGCUGGCAGGAGCUGGCGCCUCCUGCCUCGAAGAGACUAUCGAGGCCUAUCUGACGUCCAUUGACACUGACCAUCUGGUCUCCCUCCUUGCCAGAGCAGGACGCCUGCAGGACCUUGAAAGAGCAAUGGGUGGAAGCUCUUGGCCACAGCCUGCAGUCACGAGCAACCGACGGAUUACACAUGCUGAGUCUAAGCAGUGGGUCCAACGCUUCCAGGGCUUUACGGCUCGACGUUUGAACAAAAUGAGUCAAAUGGACAAGCAGUGA